AUGCUGAGAAAUCUCCGAUCCCGGCGUCGUCCCCGUCACGGCGUGUUCCUGUGCGUCGUCGUUUUGGGACUCCUUCUGUUGGUGAUCGUCUGCACCUCCAUCCUCGUUCGCCGCGCUACGGUCCCCCACCCUUCCCACCAUGUCAAUUUCGACUCCCUCCUCUCCGACUCCGUCAACGACGAUUUCAUCGCCGGCGAGGACACCAUCGACGCUCUCGACGUGGUGGAUGAAGAGCCGGAGGACGCCAUAGACGCCGAGGCCGACGACGACGAGCCUCUGGAUCGGAACUCCGGCGUGUCUGGGUACUUCUUCAAUCACGUGGAGGGCGUGAUCCGUCGGGCCAUCAGCAAGAGCUCCUUCAUGGAAGACGACGACGAUGGGCCCUUUAUGGACCCGGAUGAUGGCGGGAAGACCGUGUUUGGGUCCGAUGACGUGGCGGUGGAGGAGAAGGUGCGGUCGAAGGUGUUGCAGGUGAAGGGCGUUGAGGAUACCCUUUUGUUGAAGGGCACGGGAAGAAGGAUUUCACCGUUAAGAGAAGGUUGGGGCGAUUGGUUCGAUAAAAAAAGUGAAUUUUUGAGGAAGGAAAAGAUGCUAAGGUCGAGUGUGGAGGGAUUGAAUCCUCUGCGUCACCCCAUUAUCCAAGACCCUGAUGCUGUUGGUGUCACCGGGAUCACCAAGGCUGAUAAAAUUAUCAGGAAUUUCAUCUUUCAUGACGUUAAUACCAGGAAAAUCACUCACCAUCACCAAUCCAAUUUCUAA